AUGGCCAAAGCCUUGGGAGACUGUGACACGUUCGCUGAUCAAGGAUAUUCGCCUCGGGAAGAGUCAGUGACGCCGGCCGAAACCCUUGGCUUGUCUUCGUCCUUGCAGGCUGUGGCAGCGGAGGACAAGCGUGGGCCAGACAUCGCGCAAAGCAAUGAGCGUCCGCAGAGCCCUGCAUCAAGCAUUACCCAUAGCCACACCUCGCGAUCCGAAACCGAUGGCAAGGCUGUACGUGUACUCCCAAAGCGGACGAAGAAACCGGCGAAUAAACCGGCGAAUACAAGAGCAGAUCACGCAUCUUCCGAUGACGAACCCCUGAUUGAUACCACAGCCCAACUAGCACUGCAUUCCAAGAAAACCGCUCGCAUGCAACGACGACAGGAAAAGAAGCAGUCGGCACGGAAAGUCCACUCAGAAAUCCAGUCGUUCCUUGACCUCCCACCGGAGCUGCUCACGCUGGUGCUUAGUUUCUUACAGCCCAGCGACAUCUACUCCUUACUGCGUCUCAACCGUUCAAUGCGAGACUAUGUUCUAGACAACGAAAACGCCAUCGCCGAGGAUGUCAUGAGUCGCCGCUACUGGGUUCUUCGCCAAUGCUUCCCACUUCCAGUGACACUGGACAAGGUCCCAGACUGCGCGCGACCGGCGCUCUUGAGCCAGCAGUGGCAGGACCGUCUGCGCAUCCACAAGAACCCCUACCAGCAUAUCAAGCAGAUCGACCCGACGACCGUCUGCACAUGCAUGAGCUGCGUCCUGGCGUGGAACAAUCUAUGCAUCAUCCUCGACCUGGCACACUGGCAGCCGAACUUGGACAGUCGCGAACCACUUCCCAUCAUCCCUCGUGGUCGGAACCCGGAGUGGAACGUAGAGCUGCUGGAGAAAAACGCCCAGAUCGUCAUGAAGGCCAUGUACAGUCCUCUUGCUUAUGGAAGGAUACUACAGGUCCACCUGAAUGUUACGACUCGGACGAUUCUCCGCUCGGAGAGAUAUCGCAGGAAGGGGGAUAAGACGAACACACAUACAAGUACAAGUGUGGAUACAAAGGACAGAACAACGUCGGCACAGCAGCAGCAGCAGAAGCCUCAGAAACCGCGCCUUUACCACCUCACAGACGAGGAGGCUGCAGCGGGAACAGAUGAGUUUCUUGAACGGAGCGGUCCGCCGAGCUAUCAGCCGAUAUAUAUGCGUGACAACUAUUAUAGUGUCGAAGCUUUCGUGCCCAGUCGCAAAUGGGACAGGGAUGAACAGCGGUGGCAGUAUUACUCCAAGUGGCCCAGACCGCAUGAGAAUGAUCUGGCAUGGCUUGUGGCAAGGUUCACGCCAACAACUUGA